UAGCCAGCCCCACUGAGCAUUUUCCUAUGGGUUGCUUCCUUCCCUGUGCAGGGCAGCCGGGGCUACUAUGUCAUUGUUACCCCCCCCCUCGCUGAGGCAGGGCAGCGUCUGCAACGCGCAUGCGCACCACUAGAACGCGUGCUCAUCAACUGCCUUUCCCUUAACGGCUAGAGCCGCCUCGUUUCUCUUUCCCCACGAUUAAAAUAUGCUAAUGAAGGGUCGUCGGAAGUCCUAUGGCGGGGCAGGGAAGCGGUCACGUGGCUUGGGGACGUUCCUGUAGGGGCGGCGCCCGACCUGCCCAGGCUGCCUUAAAAGCGGGCUGCGAGCGAGGAAGCGCCUCAGUCAGAGAGAGAAAGUACCGGGACACGUCCGCCUCCAUGAACCAGCGCACCCAUCUGGGCACCACCUAUCUGGACAUAGCCAAAGGCGCUGUAGAGACUUUCAUGAAGCUCCGCGCCCGGGACCCCGCCAGCAGAGGAGACAGGUACAUGCUGGUCACUUUCGAGGAGCCUCCCCACGCGAUCAAGGCUGGCUGGAAAGAAAACCAUGCAACCUUUAUGAAUGAAUUGAAAAACCUUCAAGCUGAAGGACUUACGACUCUUGGCCAGUCUCUAAGGACAGCUUUUGAUUUAUUAAACUUAAAUAGAUUAGUAACUGGCAUAGACAACUAUGGGCAGGGAAGAAACCCUUUUUUUCUGGAGCCAGCAAUAAUUAUAACAGUUACUGAUGGGAGUAAAUUAACUACCACGAGUGGGAUACAGGAUGAGCUCCAUUUACCUCUCAAUUCUCCUUUACCUGGAAGUGAAUUGACUAAGGAACCUUUUCGCUGGGAUCAGAGACUAUUUGCUUUAGUUCUGCGUUUGCCUGGCAUCACAACUCCAGAAUCAGAGCAGAUAGCAGGUGUGCCCGUUGAUGACUCAGCAAUCACACCUAUGUGUGAAGUCACAGGAGGUCGCUCGUAUUGUGUGUGUUCUCCAAGAAUGCUGAAUCAGUGUCUUGAGUCACUGGUUCAAAAAGUGCAAAGUGGAGUAGUAAUAAACUUUGAAAAAUCUGGACCAGAUCCUUCACCAACUGAAGAUGGACAGAUGGAUAUAGCUAGGUCUUUUGGACCCCACCCUUGGCACAGCUGUCACAAACUUAUCUAUGUCAGACCAAACCCUAAAACUGGAGUUCCCAUAGGCCACUGGCCUGUUCCAGAAUCCUUUUGGCCAGAUCAAAAUUCUCCAACAUUGCCACCUCGCACAUCUCACCCUGUAGUGAAGUUCUCCUGCACUGACUGUGAACCAAUGGUCAUUGACAAACUACCUUUUGAUAAAUAUGAGUUAGAACCUUCACCGCUGACCCAGUUUAUUCUGGAAAGGAAAUCUCCUCAGACCUGCUGGCAGGUGUAUGUGAGCAAUAGUGCAAAAUAUAGUGAAAUUGGCCAUCCUUUUGGUUACUUGAAAGCCAGUACAGCACUGAAUUGUGUGAACCUGUUUGUGAUGCCUUACAAUUAUCCAGUCCUCCUUCCCCUCUUAGAUGACUUAUUCAAAGUACACAAGGCAAAGCCAACCUUAAAAUGGCGGCAGUCAUUUGAAAGCUAUUUGAAGACAAUGCCUCCUUACUAUCUAGGGCCUUUGAAGAAAGCUGUGAGAAUGAUGGGAGCGCCUAACCUUAUAGCAGAUGGUGUGGAAUAUGGACUUAGUUACAGUGUCAUUGCAUACCUCAAAAAGUUGAGUCAACAGGCCAAAGUAGAGUCCGAUAGAGUCAUUGGCUCUGUAGGCAAAAAGGUAGCGCAAGAGACUGGAAUUAAGGUCAGAAGCAGAUCACACAACCUGUCUAUGGCACAUAGGAACGAUUUUCAACAACUGCUACAGGGGAUUACUGGGGAAAUUCCUCAUAGACUUCUAGACCUCAAUAUGAAGGAGUAUGCUGGGUUCCAAAUAGCUUUGCUGAAUAAGGAAUUGAAACCUCAGACCUUUAGAAAUGCUUAUGAUAUACCCAGAAGGAAUCUUUUGGAUCACUUAACAAGAAUGAGGUCUAAUCUUAUGAAGAUAACUCGCAAGUUUCUCAAAGGACAAGAUGAAGAUCAAGUUCACAGUGUACCAAUAGCACAAAUGGGAAAUUAUCAGGAGUACCUAAAACAGAUACCAUCUCCUCUUCGAGAGCUUGACCCUGAUCAACCCCGAAGGCUACAUACAUUUGGUAAUCCAUUUAAAUUGGACAAGAAGGGAAUGAUGAUAGAUGAGGCAGAUGAAUUUGUAUCAGGGCCUCAAAAUAAACACAAACGACCCGGAGAACCAAAUAUGCAAGGGAUUCCUAAAAGACGUCGGUGUAUGUCACCCCUUCUCAGAGGCCGGCCACAGACUCCUCCUGUCAUGAACAAUCACGUUGGAGGAAAAGGGCCACCUACACCUGUAACACAAGCACAGCCAGAUCUUGUUAAACCUAUUCCUAUUCACAAAACUUCAGAAACCAAUAACGAGAUUGCAGCGGAUGAUGUGAUUGAGAAUCAUGUUGCAGACCCACUUUCAUCAGAUGUUUUUCCAAAUGCUAUGGAUUCUGACUUUUCAGUGUCCCCUUCUCCAUUCAAUUCAUUGGAUGGACCAACAACUCAUUCAGAGGAUCUAGGCCAUGAACAUUUAGGAAUUAAUAACCUUAACAUCGAUGAAUUUAUGAAAAAUGAAGAGUCGGGUGGUAAAGAGCGAAGUACUCAAGAAAACUUGCCAGCAUCUUCGCCCAACAAAGGGAAAAAAGUGAUACAUUCCAGAAGUGCGAGAGAGGUUAAUAUAGAACUAAAAGCACAAAUUAUGAAGGAGAUUAGAAAGCCGGGAAGAACGGAUUGUUUGAACUGUGGUAAAAAUGGGAAACUGGAGAGGUGUCUGCCUGCACCACUUUUUAUGCUCUCUGUUCAGAGCAGGAGGAGAGCUAUGGCACAUGUGCAGCCAAUGGAUGCUGUUCGCAAAAAAAAUUCUGGACUCAAGCACGUGUAUCAUCGUACAUGUGGAAUGCAGAUAGGGACUACACAUUUUGAAGAAUCUUCAGUUACAGAAUAUGAAAGAAUCUUCUUUUUACUGAAGCACGUACAAGGCAGUUUACAAACACGACUGAUAUUUUUACAGAAUGUUAUUAAAGAAGCCUCAAGGUUUAAAAAACGAAUGCUGAUAGAACAGCUUGAGGGUUUUCUGGAAGAAAUCCAUCGCAGAUCCAACCAAGUCAACCAUAUCAACAGCAGCUAAGAGAUGUUUUACACAUAGAAAAGCCACAGUAGGGCACAGCUGUAUUACCUGCAUUCAUUUUUGACAUGCACUCUUGGCUCAAGUCCCCAUCUGAAAGACUAAAAGCUGCUCUCUAGUAUGAUGGAAAAAGUAUACGUAAUCUUUUUCUUCAUUUCUGUUAUUUUUGUAAUGUGAAAAAUAUCACUAAAAGCAUUUUUAUUUAACAAAC